AUGCCUUCUUCAUAUUACCAACGUAUAGCCGUGCGGCGUGCUCCUCGACUUCGUUUUUUCUCGGAAAAAGGGGUAUUCCUUAGGGAGUCCCUCAGCGAAGCCGAGAGAAAAAGACGUCGAGAAGAACGUCUUCAUUAUCAAAAGUCCAAUCAUCAAGCACUUGUAUUCUAUUCGAACAUUAGAUCAUUUCCGAAGAAUUGUUCAUUUCUUGACCUUGCCAUCCGUGAUAGGUUCGAUCUUUAUCUAUUCACUGAGACUUGGUUAAAAAAAGCCCAUUUUGUCCCAUCGAUGCUUAGCGAUUGGGUUAGUGAUUACUCUAUUGUACGUUGUGAUAGGGCGCGCAGAACUGGUGGAGGGGUUGCUAUGAUGAUCAGAAAAACGGUUAAUUAUACCACUAUCUUAUCCGAGUCCUUCCCUAAGGGGUACGAAAUACUAGCGUUGGAUUUUGCUGCCCCUGAACUUCUGAUCUAUCCGUUGCUUCAUGCCCUGUUAUUUUUGUCAAAGGAGCCCACAAGGGGUGAAAACAUAUUAGACUUAGUGCUUACGAAUGAUCAGCACCUUAUUAACAAUAUCGCAAUUAAUUCUGCUCUUGGGCACAGUGAUCACUCCAGCAUUUCUUUUGAUAUUACUGCAUCUCUUCCUCCUUGCUUGCCAGUUUUCAAGAGACUGUUUCAUAAAUGCGACUAUUCCCGCGUCCUCAGUUAUCUUUCUAGUAUCCUAUGGGUUGAAUCCUUUGAAACCCUAUCCACGGUUGAUGAUAAGUAUUCAAUGUUCCUUUCUAUACUCAAUCACACUAUUGAUCAGUUCGUACCCUGGGCUCUUGUCUAUCCGAAAGUGGAAACGCAAUGGCCUGAGCAACAUUUUUAA